GAAAUGAAAAAAGGGUACUCAUGAAGUGUUCGGAAGACAAUUACUGACGGACAUUUUCGCUACGGGAAGUUGCAGCAUGAAGAAGGAGCAAGUUGUACACUGUCAAUUUUCCGUCUGGUAUCCGAUUUUUAAGCAACAUACCAUUAAAAGUCUGAUUCUUCCCCUGCCUCAGAAUGUAAUAGAAUAUUUACUGGACGAUGGGACACUGGUAGUCUCUGGGAGUGAUCACAUUGCACAGGGGACACACAUCAACGACUCGGAUGCUGAGGAAGACAUUCAGUGGUCAGAUGAUGAAACAACCACCACGGUCACAGCUCCCGAGUUCCCAGAAUUUACCGCCAAAGUGCUGGAGGCGGUAAAUGCUCUGGGUGGUCGUGUUUUUCCCAAACUCAACUGGAGCUCUCCGAGGGACGCUAACUGGAUUGCGCUGAACAGCUCCCUUCAGUGUCAGAAUCUAAGCGAAAUAUUUCUCCUCUUCAAAAGCUCCGACUUCAUCACCCAUGACCUCACAGAGCCAUUCCUUCACUGCAAUGACCAGGAUUCCCCUGAUCCCAACAUCAAUUAUGAGCUGGUCCUAAGAAAGUGGAGCGAGCUCAUCCCCGGCGGCGAGUUUCGUUGCUUUGUGAAGGAAAAUAAAUUGAUUGCAAUUAGCCAAAGAGACUACACUCAGUAUUAUCCGCACAUCUUGAAGCAGGAGGAGUCCAUCGUUCAUGCCAUCCAACAAUUCUUCAGCCAACACGUCCAGUAUAAGUUCCUGGAUGAGGACUUUGUGUUGGAUGUCUACAGAGAUAGCCAGGGGAGGGUGUGGCUCAUUGAUCUGAACCCAUUCGGCGAGGUCACCGACUCACUUUUGUUCAGCUGGGAGGAGCUGACAUGCAGCGGGGAAAUCACCCAGCAGCAGGACGGCCCGGCUUUCCGCUACACCACCAGCGAGGUGACGGUGCAGCCCAGUCCCUGCUUGAGCUACCGAAUCCCACGUGACUUUGUGGACCUUUCCACUGGGGAGGACGCUUACAAGCUAAUGGAUUUCCUCAAGUUGCAGAAAAGCCAGCAAGAGGACCACGAAGACGAGGAGGCGCCACAAUGAAGCCGUCGGCGGGGCUAAAGUUCACGUCCCGUGUUCCCCCGCGUGAAGUCACUCGAGCGUCGUGUGUCGGGAAGAAAUCGCCGUUGAAAUUCAAGUGACAAAAGAGAGCAUUGUGAUGGCGACGGUAGAGAACGUGUCUGUUCUUUCCAUCCUAGAUGGAAUCUGUUUUUGUAACCCACAAACGCCGCAUGUGUGCGCUAGUCUGUCGUAAGACUUUAACGAACUUCUUUAUUUACCAGUAAAGCUCUCGAUCGCCCAGUCACCACGAAUGCUCCUUCGCCGGCGUCCUCCCAUUCGUCCCUGCCAAUUUAGUCUGAGCACUCCCGAUUGACUCGUUUCCUGGUUCCUUCAGGCAUCCCUUGUUUUUUUUUUUUUUUUUUUUUUUUUUUAUGUGUGCUGCUUUCCCAUCAUGCACCUCUGCGGCGCGUGGCCCCACGGAACCCCAUUAAACGUCUUGUCAUGUAUCGAG